UCGCCUUGGACACGCGCUCCCAACCGUUGCCUCCAGCAUCCGGGAACCUGAGCGCCAACGGUCCCCGGGGUCCUGGACCGUUGCGGUGAAAGCAGCUCCGCAGUAGCUUUUGUGAACAGCCAUAGGCGACAUGAUCUCCUCCAAGGUGGUGCCCAGAGAGGCGGUGCAGCGGGAGGCCAUUUCGGAAGGCCGGCUGGAGGCGAUGCCACCUGCCGAGGCGGGCCAUCGCUGGACCACCGGGCCGCCUCUGGAGCGCUUGCCGCCGCUGGGUCAGGAGGCCCCUCCGCCACGUCGCUGCCACACCGACUGCUUGGAGGCGCCGCUGUCCCGCUACUUCCAGCGCCUUGGCGCCGCGGUGGGCACGCACCCCUGGCUGUUCCUGCUCGGGCCUGCGCUGCUGACGGCCGCGCUGGGCACCGGCCUCAUCUUCCUACCAAAGGAAAAAGAGAACUUGGAGGAGCAGUACACACCAAUUGGCAGCCCGGCCAAGGCCGAGCGUCGCUUCGUGCAGGGUCACUUCAGCACCAACGACACUUACCGCUUCUCCGCCUCCAGGACCAGCUCUGAAGCCAACUUCGCGUCCAUCUUGGUGGUGUCCAACACCGACUCACUGCUGGAGCAGGAAGUAUUCGAGGAGGUGAGCAAGCUGGACCAAGCGGUGCAGGCGCUGAAGGUAGUCUACGAAAACGGAACACAGAUCCUGUACACAGAAGUGUGCGCUAAGUACAAGACGCUGUGCGUGCCACCCAACCCUCUGCUGUAUACUUGGCAAAUUAACUCGUCUUCGUUGGACCUGUCGAACAUCACCUUUCCCAUCCACAACUUGUCCAACCACCUCAUCUACUUGGCGGGCUUCUUUGGAGGAAAUGUCUUGGGCCAAGCGAUGGAAAGAAGUCAACAACUUUUGGAGUCCCGAGCAAUGAGGCUGCUGUACUACCUCAAAACCGAGGACCCCGAGGACAGUGAGCGUAGCAAGGCGUGGCUGACUCACUUUCUUGACCAUUUUAACGACAUGAAGAGCGAUCUGGCUCUAAAAGCGAUACAGGUGGUCUACUUUACAUCCCUUUCCAGACAGUUGGAGUUUGAGGCAACCUCCAAGACUGUGAUUCCUCUGUUCCACUUGGCCUAUAUUUUAAUCAUAUUGUUUGCAGUUGUAUCAUGCUUCAGAUUAGACUGUGUAAGAAACAAAAUGUGGGUUGCAGUCUGUGGAGUGUUUUCUGUUGCCAUGUCCGUGGUGAGUGGCUUUGGCCUGAUGCUGCACAUCGGGGUCCCAUUUGUGAUCAUAGUUGCAAAUUCACCAUUUCUUAUUCUUGGUGUUGGGGUUGAUGACAUGUUUAUCAUGAUUUCUGCCUGGCAGAAGACCAGCCUCAGGGACAGAACAAAAGAACGGCUCUCCAACUCAUACUCAAAGGUGGCAGUGUCCAUUACAAUCACCACCAUCACCAAUGUCCUUGCUUUCUAUACAGGAAUCACCAGCUCUUUUAGAUCUGUGCAGUAUUUUUGCAUCUAUACAGGAACAACCCUGCUCUUUUGCUAUUUUUAUAGUAUCACCUGUUUUGGAGCAAUAAUGGCUCUGGAUGGUAAGAGAGAAGUUGCAUGCUUCCGCUGGCUGAAGAAGCCAGACCGAAAGUACUCCUCAUUCAAAAAGUCCUGCUGUUUCCCGUUUGGUUCCUUCCCAGAUGAACAUGGAGAAGAUAAACAUCCUAUGAAUUUGUUCUUUAGAGACUACUUUGGUCCUUUCCUCACCUCUAGCAAGGCCAAGUGUAUUGUAGUGCUGAUAUACAUUUUGUACAUCUCAAGCAGCAUAUAUGGGUGCUUCCAAGUGCAGGAAGGCUUAGACCUUCGAAACCUGGCCAGUGAUGACUCCUACAUCCGACCCUAUUUUAAUGUUGAGGAAGAUCAUUUUUCGGACUACGGUCCAAGGGUCAUGGUCAUUGUUACGGAGAGUGUUAGCUACUGGGAUGGUGAUGUAAGACAGAAACUGGACAAGUGCAUGAUGAAAUUUGAAGAAAAUACGUUUGUAGAUAGAAAUCUCACAGAGUUUUGGUUGGCAGCAUACAUUCAAUAUAUGAAUAACAUUGGAAAGGAUAUUAAUGACAAAAAUACGUUUAUAGACAAUAUUGCAGGCUUUUUAAGAUUUUUCCCCAUUUUUACAUAUGAUCUUAAUGUUUCCUUAUCAAAUGAAAUCACUUCUUCCCGAGGCUUUAUCCAGGUUGUAGGAGUUUCAUCCUCAAGCAAUAAGAAGAGAAUGUUACUAGAGUUACGAGGCAUCGCUGAGAACUGUGAAGUCCCCUUGAUGGUGUAUAACCAGGCUUUCAUAUAUUUUGAUCAGUACGCUGCAAUAAUAGAAAACACUGUUCGAAAUGUCAUGAUCGCAUCGUCAGCUAUGCUCAUUGUCUCUUUAUUGUUAAUCCCUCACCCAGUGUGCUCCCUGUGGGUGACGUUUGCUAUUGCAUCUGUGAUUGUGGGGGUGACAGGCUUUAUGGCAUUCUGGAAUGUUAACCUCGACUCCAUCUCCAUGAUUAAUCUUGUUAUUUGUAUAGGGUUUUCUUUUGAUUUUUCUGCACAUAUCUCUUAUGCAUUUGUUUCCAGUUCUGAGCCCUCAGUAAACAAAAAGUCAAUUGAGGCGUUAUAUUUGCUAGGCUAUCCAGUGUUGCAAAGUGCAAUUUCAACAAUCAUAGGAGUGUGUGUUUUAUCUGCAGCUAAAGCUUACAUCUUCAGGACAUUUUUUAAGAUUAUGUUUCUUGUUAUGUUUUUUGGGGCUGCUCAUGGCCUAGUUUUCAUUCCAGUAUUCUUAACCUUUUUCUGAAAGUUUAUUUGAAUGCACAGUAAUAAUCCUAACUAGUUAUAUAAUUCCUGAUGGCCUGAAUCCAGUCUGAUUACAAAAUGCACUAAUUAAGAUUUAGUCAAUAGAAAAAGAGAUGGAAUUAGAAAAUAAAAAGAUAAAUUAGAAGAUUAUAAGAUAAAAAGAACCAGGCAUAGGGGUGAGUGGGAAGGGAGGGUAAAGUGGGACAUAAAGUACAUUGUAUACAUGUAUGAAAAUGUCUCAUUGAAAGCCAUUAGUUUGUCCAAUUAGUAUACACUAAUAAAAUAGGAAUUAUUAAUAUGUAACUGAAACAGAUAUAAAGUGUUAAAAAUAGUGAAUCUACUUUAAAGACAGUUCCUGAUUUGCAAGUCCCAUAUUAAAUUGUUCUUUACUGUAUUCUGAGAAAAAUUAAAU